AUCGAUUAGUCGGGUCUGCUACAGAGCGGAGGGGUCAGUCCGGAUCCGCCGAGCACAAGCCGCUGCCACUACUGCUGUUUUGGUUUGAGUGGCGUGGUUUCUUUUCUGGAUAUUUCCCCGCUCUCUUCCCUCUCACGACUCAUUCGUGGAUUCCAGCGGUCCGGUCAGCCAUCAUGGGCAAAAGGGAGGAAGAGGAGAUCAUUAGAAUCGCAAAGAAAAUGGACAAAAUGGCGCAGAAGAAAAACGGGUCUGGUGCUUUGGACCUGCUAAAGGAGCUACGCAGCGUCCCCAUGACUCUGGAGCUGCUUCAGUCUACCAGAAUUGGGAUGUCUGUCAACGCCAUCCGCAAGCAGAGCACAGAUGAGGAGGUGACAUCUCUAGCCAAGUCUUUGAUCAAGUCAUGGAAGAAGCUUUUGGAUGAGCCUGCAAGCGGAGACAAAUCCUCAGAUGAGAAGAGAAAAGAACAAGGCGCUCCUGUUUCACCCUCGCAAGGAAGCCCAGAGGCAAAAGAAGAAAGCAGCUCCAGCAGUAACUCCAGCAGCAAGAGUGAGCAUGCCGAUGUCUCAGCCAACACCCUAAUCAACACCUUCCCUCGUGCUCCCAGCACCUCCGACUCCAUAAGGCUCAAGUGCAGAGAGAUGUUGGCCAAUGCUCUCCAGACUGGAGAGGAUUAUAUCGCAAUUGGUGCUGAUUGUGAUGAACUCGGUGCUCAAAUUGAGGAAUGCAUAUUCCAAGAGUUUAAGAACACAGACAUGAAGUACAAGAACCGCGUGCGGAGCCGAAUUUCCAACCUGAAGGAUGUGAAAAAUCCCAACUUGAGGAGGACAGUGCUGUGCGGGAGCGUCACCCCCGAGCGAAUGGCCAAGAUGACCGCAGAGGAAAUGGCAAGUGACGAGCUGAAAGAAAUGAGGAAGAAUUUGACCAAAGAGGCCGUCAGGGACCACCAGAUGGCCACCACAGGCGGCACUCAGACAGAUCUGUUCACCUGUGGAAAGUGCAAGGGGAAGUCCUGCACCUACACACAGGUCCAAACUCGCAGCGCUGAUGAGCCCAUGACCACGUUUGUCUUCUGCAAUCAGUGUGGAAAUAGGUGGAAGUUCUGCUGAGUCCACAGGCAUUUUCUUCCGUGCUUGGACAAGUAGCAAAAACCCUGGACCAGAUUGGAGGUUUUUAUCAUGUGGUAGACAUUGUACACAAACGCAGUGUAAGGAUGCCACGACAUGCAGUUUUGAAUUGGACUAAAUAUCCUGUUGAUAGUUUGAGCUAAUUGUAAAAGCCCUGACCCCUGCCCUCCCCCAACACCUCUCUUUCACAUGCAAUCUAUUUUGUCAAUAGUUUUCCCCCACCAUUAGAUGUAUGCAAUCAAGCUUUACUCAUUCUUUUUAUCAGCGUUUUUUAUAUGUAGUUUUAACACUGUGUUGUUCUGCUUUCCAUUCACAACAACACAACAUUGUUUUAUUUAAUUUCCCAAUAAAGUGUACUCCAUUUGAUUACAAAAACAAAAAAAAGUCCAGUUGAUUGGUGCUGAUGCUCACAGGUAAAAGAGGGAGGCAAACGAAACCUGACUGUCAUAAGUGAGCAGUGUUUCCCAACUGUGGCCUUUUUUUAUUUGUCCAUAUGCAAUGCAGUACAGUGGUGCCUCAGUUUUUGUUUUCAAUUUGUUACAAAAAGUCAGAUGAAAACUGAAUCAAUUUUCACAUAAGAAAUCAUGUAAAUGCAAUGAAUCAAUUCCAAACACCCAAAAAUAUGUAAAAGUACAUUUUAUAGGGAAUAAUUAUAGUUUUACAUGCACACAAUAAUGCAAAAUAAUUACACGGAAUGAAAUGGAUAAAUGAAACAUUUAACACCACUUUUAUCUUUAUUGAAGGCUUAUUGGGAAGAUUCCGAGGAGCACAGAGGGACGAGGGUAGUUGAUACCGUCUUCGUACUUUACUUUGAGUUAUUUUUUGAAUUCAGUAGUGUUUCUCAUCUUUGUUUUGAACAAAUUGCUGGCACUCGCAACUUUCUUUGGCCCCGUGGCGGGUUAUUUAGCAGCCGCACACAAUAAAAAAUGCAUAGACAAGAGUCAGCAACACGCAGAGUGCUUUGUUUGGACACUCGAUUACGCGCAGUGAUAUAGUACAGGGCAAAUGGACUAGUUAGUUAUGCGUAAUAUUGUUUGAUAACCAAGACAGUGUAUGAAAACCCAGGCCAAAUUUAGGUAUAAAAUAUCUUCAAAAGCAGAGCUUUACUCUUUAAUAGUUAAAGGUCCCCUAUUAUGCAAAAGUGACAUUUUAAUGAGCUUCUAUCAGUAAUGUGUCCCUACAGCCUGUUUAUGAGCACCAAAUGUGAGCAAAAGCUAUCUCACUUGUUUGCGCUUUACCUGUGAGAGAAGAAGCGUUCACUGUUGAAGAUGCAUGUUUUCAUGAUGUGAAGGGAAAAAAAGGCUUAGCUACACAUUUUAAAAUGAAGCUUGGCGCUCUUCUAACUAGUUGUCGGUCACGAGCUGUAAGUUUGGUCAUUUAGUUUUUCUUCAGCUAACCUAGCAUGAUGUUAAAAUGUGAGUGCAAUGUUAGCACUGUACCUCAAAUAGUUAUGCUAGGUUUGCUAAUGUCUGUGUCCUCCCACCCCACUCCUUAAUGUUACGUUGUUGUAUGUGAUGUAUGGCAUCUACUACAUUGGGCAUUGCAGAGUUACAGUGCACAGUAAUCCCUUGUUUAUUGAGCUGGCCCAACUGUUAGAAGUGAAUUUCCGCAAAGUAGAAUUCCUUAUUUAUAACUGGAACAUUUUUGUAGUUAGAGCAUAGAAAACCUGUUUACGACCUUCUAAAUACGGUUUUUAACAUCAUUUGAGCCCCAUAGACAUGAAAUAACACCCCUACAGUCACCUUUACAACCCAGUAUAGCAGACAUAAUAAGACCAAAUAAGACAUAAUAUAGACUCACAUAUGUUAGAUUUGGGACAGCUGUUCUUGUUCCUUUUUUACUUCCUGUUUCUGUACGGUACUUCCUGCGGUGGCUAUUGUCUCAUCAAUGUAACAUUACUGACAUUUAGUGAACAGUGCAGAUUACUACAUAUCACGUUUUUGUCGUCUGAAUGCCUUAUAUUUGAAUUUUAGUUCAUUAAGACAUUUUAAUGGUGGAAAAUGCUUAAUUUAGACCAAAAAAUAUGUUUUGCAUAUGUAUAAUGUGCAUUUUUUUAAAGCUAAUAAUAGCCCGUAGUCAACCAGGUAACAUCGAUGAUUUAUUUAUUUCUCACUGUUUUUCAAAAUAUAUCGAGUGAGGCCGCAAAAUUCAAAGCGAGAAGUGGCGAGGGACAACUGUACAGUAUAUGUAAAAACUGGAUAAAGUACACAAUAGCACUCAAACAAACACAACUCAUUAGCAUUAAAGCUAUAGACAACUGAACAGACUUAAAAAGUAUAGUCCAGAGUUGUUAAAAUUAUUGUGCUUUUUAUUUUAUCUCCAUCAAAAUGCCCACAAGUCAUCAUUUUCUUCUUGUUUGAGAGUAGCAGAACAAAACUGAACCAUAUACUUGUAAACAUUCACAUUAUUUGUCUGCUUAUUUUUUUUCAAUGUCUUUUUGUUGUUUUUUUCCCCCAGUAAACGCAACGCAAAAAUAACGUUCCAUAUCGUAAACAGAAGAAGAAACGAUAUAUUUAUAGGCAUCACGCCAAACCCAGCAAAGGCUUAGGUUGUGUUUGAGGUCGAUCCGUCCAUCGACCAGCUGCGUUCAUCCAUAAAUCCAUAGCGGGUCCCCCAACAUGCCAUUUGGUAACGCUUCUGAAGUGUACCCAUGUGGUCACAUACCCAGACCAAAUGCAACAUCAUGCAGCCGUUUGGCCAAUGAGAGCUGGCUGUUGUGCUCCAGUCAAAAGCACCUUUUAUGGCGAGAGCUUGAACCAUGAGAAAGAUGUCAUCCACACUGAAUGUCAAGGCACUUCCCCAUGUGAGGAUCUCAGCUUUGAGUGACACGGUCGUGAGGCAACCAAAAGUUUAAAAAUAAAUAAAUAAAUCAGAAGAAUACAUAAAAAUGGUCCAACACUUGGCAACUCCAGUCAUAGUCAAUGGAAACUGAGGCGUACGAACAUGCUAGCUUUGGUGUCGCCGCUAGCCCUUGACCAUUCUUUAUCUUUUAAAACGCUUCCCUUUUCAUAAAGUUUUUAAAUAUUUCGAUGUUGCAGUAGAUUGAAACUGAUGGGAGUUAUAUGCUGGUUCAUAUCGGGCAGAGUGUACAAUUUGUGUGUAUUCAUGGUAAUCAUUAGCGUGCUAGCCAUCUUAACUUAACAUGAGAAAAAAGAAACCACUUAAGGUCAAGGCUAACCUGACUUGUGAGCUGUUAAAAAUCGACAUAAAUUACAUUAUGUAUGUUAAAUCUGAAAUACAACUAUUGACUACUAGCCUCUAACCGUUUUCUGGCAACAAGCUUGGCAGUUAACGUCCAGUUAGACAGGUUUUUUUUUAUAACAUGCUACACAUGUUACAUUUGCACAUGGAGCUGUAUUUUUACUUCUUGUAGUUAGUACAAAGCUUGCUUUGUUUCUGUUGGUGUGCUAAGCUAAACUAAGCUAACCGGUUUGUUGGCAGUGAUGUCCCUCCCAUCCAAUUUUCAAUUUUUGUUAUUAAUAUCAAUUAAUAUUAACCAAAACUUUAAAUGGAGAAACUAAAAGAAGGUGUUAUUUCCUGUGAUACUUGGCACCGACAUACAUAUUGUUGUAUGUGAGACAAUCGACGUUCCUUAGCCAAAAGACAAAUGUAUGGACAAAAACAUGUAAGAUACAUAAUAUUAAUACCAUUUACAAAUAAGAAGCAUAAAUAUAAUAAUGUAAUUUAAUAAAUAAAGAUGUGAGUUUCUAUAUUGUAUUCAAUAUAAUGCAAUAAAUAGAGAUUUUGUAAUGUCGCACACAUCCACAUUUGAAGUCUCCCCAAUGAACUGGAGUUGCAAAGUCACACGUACCCGAGAGUGAGGUACUGUUUGUAAAAUAAUAACUGAAAUAAAAAAUAACAACAAAGGUUGCUGCACCCUCCACACCCCCACAAAGCUGCCUGCAUGUAGAUCUAACAUGUAUCUAACAUUUGCCUAGAGCUUUGAUUUUCAUACGCAGUUAAAUAGAACCAAGCGUCUCCACGUAAAUACCCACAAUUCCAACUGUACUAUUUACAAACCCAUAAAUAUACUGUAUGCUGUAUGUAGUCUAAAGUAGGAAUCAUUUACCCCACCCACCCACACAACAGACCAUAAAAAACCCUCAAAUGAAUUAGAAUAUUUCUAUGAAAAGAAAGGAGCAACACAAGUCAAAAGUAUUCCUUUGGAGUGUUUUGCUGUGUAGUACGUGUAGCAGUACUUGUGAUGUCGAGCCCUCGCGAGAUGCUGAGACCUGAGUGUCGGCGUUCAGGUGCGGAUCACAAUAGCGCUGAGAUUCCCGGGGUUUGUGUAAUCCUGCACUGGACACACAAAGCAAGGAAAGGAAAUAGAAACACCCCCCCCCCAAAAAGGAAAUGGGGGGGAAGGGGAGGGGGUCUUAAGACUCGGGGGACUGCUCAGACAGAGCGUUGAGCAGGUUUUUGUAGGUGGGGGAGUUCAUGUAGCGCGGGUACGAGUCUCUUUGCAUGAGGGUGUAUAUCUGCAGCUGGGCGUCGUCAAACGUGUGCAAGUUGGGCUCCUGCAUGUUCCGGUUGAUGGACUCGCGUACACGGGAGUCCAGGCUCACCUGGGCGGCGGGGAAAAACAAAAAAAAUACAGUUACUAAACGUGUGUGUGUGUGUGUGUAUAUAGUGUAUGUCCCGCUAUUAUAUGCAACAUUGCAUACAAUGCACAGAUGCCAUACGUUACAUACGGAUGAUGGUCACAAUAGAUAUAAAAGUAUCAUAUGAUACAGCCAUACCAAUGCUGUAGAUACCAUCAGUGGCGGAGCUACAGGGUGGCCGUGGCCACCCUUGUGGGUGCCACACACGGGAGGCGAUAAACGACUGCGAUUGGAGAAACUCAUUGCCAACGCGUAGAAAAACAUGCACACGGGAGGCGACGAGUGUCUGUGACCAGCGACAUUCGUGAGCGACGUGCUCACGAAUUGUACGAGUCUCACAUGGUUUUGAUAGGCUUUUUUUUUAGAAAUGUCUAAUAGCUCCAGGAAAUCUGACACGACAAGUACUGAUUAGCGUCCUGUCCGCUCAUUGGUCGAUCAACGAAACUCCCGCUGGGACUUUUUGGGAUUGCGUCGCAAGUCAGCGUGUGCACGAUGACGUGCACAAGCACAAACUUUCACGCGAACGAAUUGCGCGUCGCUUGGCUGGACAGUGGCACGAGAUAAUCGCCCUAUCGUGCAGGUUCCAUUGAAAAUGAAUGCAGUAGAGGCGAUGUCGCCUCCCAUGUGUGGCGCCCAUUAAUCACUCUCUGGUCACCCCCACAGCUGAGGGACAAUUUUGACAAAUGCGGGUCUGUGGUGCAGAACAUUAGUUUAGCCUAACCGCCGUUUCUGCUUGGACGUAUUUGACUGCAGCACACAACUUUCCGUGGGAAAGCAGAAGAGAGCUGCCUUUGACAAUAAAACUCUCUUGAAUCUUUUUUGUGGAGGAGCUGUCAAUAAAACCGCGUCUUCCAUGAACUGCAAGCGUAAGUUUUCCGUGAUUGCUUUAGUCGUUCCGGUCAAGUUUUCUCACUAUGUUGACUUUGACUUCAUUAUGUGAAGCUCUCUGUAGCAGCAUGAGUGGGCAUGUAAACCAAGGAGUCUCGAGUUUUAACAGGAGUGCCGAUCGGCAUCCAGUUCCGUAUUAUGCCCUGCGCUUGGUUUGGCCGCCAUGAUGGUGAGCAGAAUCCAGAAAGUAUGCAUUGAAAGUAUGCACACUGCUCAGCUAUUAAUUGCUCUAAUAGACGGUCCAAAGGCAGUGGCGGAGCUAUGGGGUGGCCAGUGGUGGCUGUGGCCACCCUUGGUCACUCCCUGACCACCCCACUGGCCAUCUACACAAUACAGGUAUCAACGUAUUGCCACCCCUUUGUCUCACCUUGGCCACCCCAAUGAAAAAUUUCUGGCUCCACCACUGGAUACCAUCAUUGGGUAAUACAUAGACUUACAGAGACGAUACAUGGACACGAUAGCUAUAAAGAUAUGAUUAGAUACGGUAGAUGGAUACCAUACCGUCGAGUAAUAUGAUACAAAACAGUGAGAAGGAUAAGAAAACGCGAUCGAUGCAAUUAGAUGAGUCUGAUACAGUAGAGUGAUCCAAUUAACUCGCUGUGAUGCAACGCAGUUGAACAAUGUCGAUACGGUCGUACGAUAUGAUCUAUACCAGGGGUCACCAACACAGGUCACCUCACGGACCACAUCAAAUAGAAAAAAAAUACAUCAAAUCGCGCCACUUACCACUAAUCUGCAUGUUAUUUUGUUUUGGUUGCUGUUCUUGGAAUAGCAAACUGGCAACAUAUUUAAAAAAACACUUUAAAAAAAGGUUUGAUAUAAAUGAACUCUGACCUAGUAUAGUUCAAAGUGUUCAGUACUUUGCAUGACCAAAACGUGGCGAUCAUACAAACAUGGUGGGAUCAAGCUAGCGGGCGGAGCGAAAAUGAGAAGACUGACAUAAGAAAACAUAAGAUUUUCACAAUGAAUGGGAGGUAGAGUUUUUUUGUUGUUUUUUUUUUUUUUUUACCACUGUCAAAGGAACCUGCUUAGAUCUCUUUUGCGGUGGCGACUGUGGGGAUGACAUAGCGGCACAAUGUGGAGAGACAUUUCACAACGCCUCACACAGGCUACCAUGUUAACUACACACAGGGCAGCUCACUACGAGCACAAAGAGUCCGUGAGUUCAAUCUUUUUUCACGAGACCGGUUAAAAACGCUCAAAAAGCAACCGAAGCCUAUUUAACAGCUACACAAUUCUUGAUUAAGAAAAAGAAGGCCCUUUCAGACGGGGAAGGUCAUCAAAGAAGCAAUGAUGCUAAUUGCUAAACCUGUGCUUGAAGACGAGAAUGGAACGGAUGUAAUCUCCACUCUCUGGUGUUCAACUGAGGGCAACUACAAUGGUAAGAUUGAUUGUUCUAUUUGACAUUAUUUGUACAAACAUGGUGCAAAGUCAUUCAUUAUUUGUGUGUUAGUGAUUCGUGAAAAUGUUCAAUAUGAAAAGCACUUGCGCUUAGAGAAAAUAUAGAAAUAAAGUGUUGGAUAUUGA